AUGGGCUGCACCAAUUCCACCGAAAAAGAAGCCAUUGAUGGCGACGAAGAACUGAACGUCGCGCCUGAUGGCGAGGAGGAGAAAGAGGAAGAAGAGGAGGCCAAAGAGGCGGAAGAGGGAAAGGACGGCGAGGCAGAUGGAGAGGGCAAAGAAGGAGAAGGGGAGCCAGAAGAUGAAGGAGCCCCCAAGGAGGAAGAGGAGGGCGCCAAGGAGGAUGGCGAUACUGUGAAGGAGGGUGAAGAGAGCCCCAUGUUUCCCGGUCCUGCACCACCGCCUGCGCUGGGUAAGGCACUGAAAACCAAGACCAAGACUAUGGGCGGCAAACUGGGCAAGAUGAAGAUGAAGAAGGGAAAGAUGGGCCCGCUAAAGCUGGGAAAACUGAAGAAAUCAAAGAUGGCUGGAAAGGGCAAGGGCAGUAAAGCACUGAUGAAGAAGUCGAAGAUGAAGAGCAAGCUGAAGGGCAAGUCCUCCAAGUCAAAGG